AUGGCACCUGCGCACUCCAAGACUCAGGCUCCCGGCUUGGGCAACCGGAACCUUCUCGACAAGAUUGACAAGUUGAGAGAGCUUGGAAUCUCCAAGCAGGUCGCUCUUCCACAGCUUGUCGUUGUGGGCGACCAGUCUUCUGGCAAAUCCAGUGUUGAAUCGCUCACGGGAUACUACUUCCCGCGUUCAGUCGGGCUUUGUACCCGUCAUGCCACCGAGAUCGUCUGCCGCCGAGAAAACACCUCCAGCAUCGUCGUCAACAUCCAGCCCUUCGAUGCUACCUUUGAGAGAGCCGAGAGAGCGAAGGCGUUCCGUCGUGAGAUCCAGAGCUUGAAGGGUGAAGAGUUUGCGAAUGCACUGAAGGAAGCUGCCGACGUGAUGGGAUUGAAGAUCUCCACUGAUGAUACCUCCGAGGGAGAUGCCUUCAGCAAAGACGUUCUGCGUGUUGAGAUAUGCGGUCCUGAUGAGGAACACUUGACCAUCAUCGAUGUGCCUGGCAUCUUUGAGAAUGCUCAAGAUGGGGUUUCGACCGCCAGAGAUGUUGCCUUGGUCAAGUCAAUGAUCAAGGACUACAUCAAGGAAUCCAGAACCAUCAUACUUGCCGUCAUUCCCUGCAACGUGGAUGUUGCAACCCAGACCAUCCUCACCUACGCAGCCGAAGCAGACCCCGAAGGAAAACGAACCCUCGGCGUCCUCACGAAGCCGGACCUCGUCAGCGAGAACGCCACACGCGAGGCGGCGAUGGAUCUGAUAAGAGGCAAGAGACGGGACAUCCAGCUUGGGUACUAUGUUGUCAAGAAUCGCGGCGCCGACGACACGUCCUCAAGCAAGGAGGAGAGAGAUUUUCAGGAGAAGCUCUUCUUCGGCGAGGACCCUUGGUCCAAGCUCGAUAAGUUGCGUUUGGGGAUCCCGGCCCUCCGCAACCGCUUGCGGGAGCUUCUCAUGGACCGGACCGAGAGCGAGUUUCCCAAAGUACGUCGCGAGAUCAACGAGCGCUUUGCUGAAGCCAGGAGCAAACUCGAAACCCUCGGACAGCCCCGGAGCACUGCCGAUGAGCAGAGAGCGUACUUGGGGAAGAUUGUGAGUCGGUACACCCAGCUCAGAGACUUCAGCCUCAAUGCCUAUUACACAGGCGUUCCUCUCUUUGAGAACAACCCCAAAUAUCGCCUGGCGGCCCUGAUCCGCGAGAUGAACUCGGCGUUUUCCGCAAUGUUUUUCAAGAGCGCGCACACUCGCACCUUCGAUGAAUUGGACAAUGACGAAAAAGUCAAGACCAGAAGCGACGAGGUCGCAAGCGAGCCUGAGUCCGAGAAUGAGAGUUUUGGCAGAGACGACCUGUACAAUGUCACCUUUACGAUGCCAGAGGACGAGUUUGGCGAGCUGGACGUAGUCUUAUCAGAGCCCUGCAUGUGUGCCGCUCCUCAGACCAGCGGAAUAAUGGAACAUCUGAAGCAAUUGUACCUUGCAUCUCGUGGCUUUGAGAUGGGCACCGUAGGAUUGUCCCCCUAUUCAGAUGCAUGGCUGGUGAUUUACAAGCUGACCGACUUUCAGUUCAACAACCACAUGCUCCCCACAGCCUUCAAGGAGCAGUCGAAGAAGUGGGAGUCUAUCACCCUGGCCCAUGUCAGCAAUGUCAUCCUUGUGGUCCACCAUUUCAUCUUUGGGGUGGUCAAGGAGGCCUCCGGCGAUCAUCAGGUUCUUGAUGCGCUUUGGUCCUCGAUCGUCGAAGACCUUGUCAAGCGAUACCAAAUGGCUAUGCAGCAGGCGAAGUUACUCGUUCACGUGGAGCGGGAGGGACAUUACGACGGUCUCGAUUACGUCAAGUACAGCGACUUGGAGAGAGAGCCGACUGAUGUGGAGGGAGUGAGUGAGACGUGCAACAUCAUCCAUGACGUCUUGCACAGCUACUACGACAUUGCCAGUGCUCGGUUCUCGGACAUGAUCUGCACCCAGGUCAUUGACUACUUCCUCAUCGAUGCCGAGAACAGCCCUCUCAAUGUUCUGUCUUCGAACCUCAUCUACAAGAUGACGGCUGAGCAGCUGGAUAUGGUGGCAGGCGAGGAUGCUGUAACCAAGGUCACACGCGAGAUGCUGAAGAGCGACAUCAAGCUCUUCGAGCAAGGCAGGAAGGUUCUUCGCACUUGA